AUGAAGGCGAGCCCCGUGGCGAGCGCCGCGGCGGCGGCGGGGCCGGGGCAGGCGGCGGGGGGAGCCGCGGGGGCGCCGCGGGAGCCCGAUGCGCGCUGGCGGGAGAAGGGCGAAGCGGAGGCGGAGCGGCAGCGCACCCGGGAGCGGCUGGAGGCCACGCUGGCCGGGCUGGGCGAGCUGGAGUACCUGCGGCAGCGGCAGGAGCUGCUGGUGAAGAGCCUCCUGCUGCGGCGGCCGGCGGGAGCGGGGCCCGGGGCGCAGGGCGGCCGCGGGGAGCCGCCGGCAGAGGGGCCGCCGCCGCGCAGCCUGGAGGAGAAGUUCCUGGAGGAGAACAUCCUCCUCCUGCGGAGGCAGCUGAACUGCUUGAGGAGGAGGGAUGCUGGGUUAUUAAAUCAGUUGCAAGAGCUGGAUAAGCAAAUAAGUGAUCUCCGCCUGGACGUGGAGAAAACGACAGAUGAGCACCUGGAGACAGACAGUCGUCCAAGUUCAGGGUUUUAUGAGCUGAGUGAUGGAGCUUCUGGAUCGCUUUCCAAUUCAUCUAACUCUGUCUUCAGUGAGUGUUUAUCCAGUUGCCAUUCUAGCACUUGCUUUUGCAGCCCUUUGGAGGCAACACUGAAUAUCUCAGAUGGACGCCCUAAAUCUGCAGAUCUCAUAGGCUGGAUGGACUAUAAUAAGGAAGGCCAGCAUGAGGACCAGACCGCAGGCUCUGUCUGUCGCUCUUUAUCCACACCGCACUCAAAUUCCCUCGAUGUCGUUGCAGAUGUUCAUCCCAAGUACCAGUGUGAUCUGGUGUCUAAAAACGGGAACGACAUCUACCGCUACCCCAGCCCGCUCCACGCCGUGGCUGUGCAGAGCCCCAUGUUCCUCCUUCCCGUGACUGAGAACCCCCAGCGAGAAGAGGAGAGGCUCCCUUGCGAUCUGAGCGACGUUUGCACCCCAUCCGAAACAGACUCGGGACAAUCCGCCAGCGCCUUCCCCACGCAGAGCUCCUGGCCGGCUCCGUGCCCUUCCACCAGCAAGAGGAUAGACAGCUACAUCUUAAGCCUGGUUCAGAAAAAGACUCACGCAGUAAGGACUAACAAACCCCGGACGAGUCUCAACGCCGAUGCCGCCAAAGGGAUCUUGAGGCACGGGAGCAUGUGUGUCCGGCAGCCGGCAGCAAUGGUGGCCCACGGCAAUGUGGUGAACCUGAAGAGCUCCAAGGCGGUGGUGUGUUUGCCUCCUGGUGGGGCUCCUGCUCCGGACCACACAGCUCCCUCCCCAUUAAAGCAGAGGCCAAGGGAGCCGGCUGGGGAGCAGGUGGAGAGUAGGAAGGCCCCUUUGCCAGCAGCUUUCCCACCCAGCACAACAACAGAGCUCCAGAGCAAGCACCUGCCACGGGGCGCCAAACCAGCACCGCUGGAGCUGGGCCGCAACACGGCGGGCACAGCCGGGGAUGGCCCCAAGGAGAACGGCCAGCUCUUUGCUGCAUCUCCCAAAGACACCCCAGGGAAGCCGGUGGUGCUGCAGCCAGAGAACAGGGUCAGCCAGCCUCCCAAAAAGAUCCUGUUGAAGAGCAGCUUGCAGGCUGCUCGCUCCUCAUCACCGGCUGUGGAGGAGAGGCCCGCGCUGGAUUUCAAAAGCGAGGGCUCUUCCUCGCAGAGCCUGGAUGAUGGGCUGCUGGUGAACGCCCAGUACAUCCCGGCCCAGCAGCAGAGCAUGAAGCUUCACAAAGGCACCCGCAACGUCAAGAUUUUGAAAAGCUCUGCGUUGAAACACAGGUCCCACCUUUCCAACGGGGUGGAAAACAGCUCACAGACCUUGAGGGAGAAAGCCAAACUGGUCGGCAAGAAGUGCCGCUUCCCCGAGGAGUUGGAUACAAAUAAGAAACUGAAAAAGCUCUCGUCGCGGGGGAAGAGAGGCGGCGGCCUGCCGCUGGAGCCGAGCCUCCCGGGCCGGCAGGCCGGCCUGCACAGAUCCGCCCUCCGCUCCCACGGACACGGCCGGGAGGUCGUGGUGGCCAAGCCCAAGCACAAGCGUGCCGACUACCGCCGCUGGAAGUCCUCGGCGGAGAUCUCCUACGAGGAGGCCCUGCGAAGAGCGAGGAGGAACCGGCGGGAGGGCGUGGGGGUCUACUCACAGGUGCCCCUGCCCUACGUCAGCCCCUACGCCUACGUGGCCAGCGACUCGGAGUACUCGGCCGAGUGCGAGUCCUUGUUCCACUCCACCGUGGUGGACACGAGCGAGGACGAGCAGAGCAACUACACCACGAACUGCUUUGGAGACAGUGAGUCAAGCCUGAGCGAGGUGGAGUUUGUAGGGGAGAGCACGACCACCAGUGACUCUGAUGAGAGCGGGGGCCUGAUUUGGUCCCAGUUUGUCCAGACGCUCCCCAUCCAAACAGUCACGGCACCAGAGUUGCAUGAAAAUGCGGCCAAGGCCUUUGUCAAAAUCAAAGCCUCCCAUAACCUCAAGAAGAAGAUCCUCCGCUUUCGGUCAGGCUCCCUCAAGCUCAUGACGACCGUCUAGUGAGGUGACUUGGUGGAAUGUAUCUGCUUCUGCUUUUGGAAGCAAGGUGCUUUUUUUUUGUACAUAUUUCCACAGAUUUUUUUUUUUUUUAAUACAAAUAUUUAAAACUUAAGGUAAAUUAUGUCACUUGUCUUCAGAACUUGGGUGGAUACUAGUGCCUUUUAUGUGGAAAUAAAAGACCGUUACACUUGUUUAAAAAAACCCGACAACACAACACUGCCAUUUCAGUGGUGAACAGCCUCCAGCACGUGGUGUCAGAAGGCUUUGAGAAAAGGCUAAAAUGUUUCUGGGAAUGGAUCUUCCUUGCCUAGUUUUUCCAGUUCUGGGUCUUAUACAGGAUAUCGACAGCUUAAGGUCAUAAGUUUUUAGGGAAUAAAGGGGAGGGAGUGAAGGUGUUUCUUAAUGUUUUUGCUUGUCCCUUUCUGCUGCUGCUGUUGCCACAUCUUGAACUUUUUCCUUCUGGUACUCUGGUCUGUUUUGUUUUUCUUUUCUUGUUGAUUCUCUUCUUGAAACUCACUCCUGUCCUCCCCCAGCCUUCCCCCACCAGGAAAGGGCUCCUGUUCAAUCUGUCUCCAAGGUUAAGUCGCCUUCUCUAGAGUGCACUCUGCUCCGAUCUCCUGGGAGUCCCACUGCAGAUGGUGGUGGUGUCCAGAGUAAACUGCAGCUGGAGCAGCUGACCAAGGCUUAGUAACUUCAUUAUAUUGUGUAAAACUGCUUUUGAAAAAGAAAAAAAAACCCAUAUGCAUGUCAUGUGCAUGAGUUAUCAGUAGUUUUAAUAUUCCUGUUGAUGUCAAAUUUACUGUACAUCAUCAAUGGCUGUUUUUAUAUAUAUAUAUAUAUAUAUAUAUAUCAUUGUGUAAAUUAAUAUAACACAUCAUAUGCUGUAAUAAACAGUCUGUUUUAAUACUUUUUAAAGUUUGUUACGUUGGUGCAGAACCAAUCAGUGCUUUUAUAUUGAUGUUGUCACCACUUAGAUGCCUCCUGAUGUGACCUGAUAACGUUCCUUGCAUUCAGCCAUGCAGGAAAAGGGGCAAGUUUAAAAUGCUGCUGUGGAUAUGACUUGUGCUUUGAGGGAAUUGGCUUGUCACGGCUUCUCUUGUUCUUCUCAUAGCUUGCAUUUUUCCAAGGGCAAGGUGGGAUUUAGGAGCUCAGAGGCAUCUUCAGGUUUUUGCUGACGGGCAGCUCAUGUUUCAGAGCAGAUGGAAGUACAACAUUAAUCCUGCUCUCUGUCUGGGUGCUUGCAGACUUUGGUUGGUACAACACGGGGACAGAUGGUUGGUUUCUGUAACCAAAUCGAUCUGUGGGACACAACAGGUGUCCCCAUGGAAUGUCCAGUAAGUGAAUCCCCCAGAGCUGUGUGCUCUGGGAGCUGUGCUGGGUGCAGGAGAGCACAGGCUGCCUGUCCAUGGUGCCCUCUGUGGCUUUGGCUGUUGGCUCUGUUACAGCCCUAGCAGGGUCAUGGAAGGUGACAAUUGGGUCCCCCACUGGUCUCUGUCUCGUUCCCUUGGGACUGGAUAGGAAUCUGGCAGCAAAGGAGAAAGGAGCCCUCCAUAGGCAGCACUGCUUCCAUUCACAAAAACCUUUGGAGCUGCCUGGUGGGAAGGUUGGAGGUUUUGGGCAGCUUGAGCUGUUUGCUGCAGGUUCAUCUUCUGCUUUGGCAUCCACAAAGCAAUGGACAAACAACUGGAGUGGGUGCUGUGGCUGGUGUGGAUAUGUGGGAUAAGUGUGCAGCCUGUCCAUAUAUCAGGGAUAUGAGUGCAGCCUGUCCAUUCCACAGCAAGGUCUGAGCAGAGCUCUCCUUUGUGGCUCCUCUGUGUCCUUCCUGCUGUCACCCACCUGAAAGGCAGAGCAGGUUUUUUUUCCCCCAUAUUUCCUUCCAUCACGAAUGUGGAAAGGAAGGAUCCAUUCAGAAUUCAACAUCUCAGGGAGCAGCUUCUGAGACAGUGGGAACACUUUUCCCAAGAGGCACAUUUUAUUUUUUAAUCUGUGGCGUAGUAAAUCCCUAUUUAUAAUGUUGCAUAUUAUUAUUUUCUGAUUUGUGGUUUAUUUGUUUGUUUUUUUUUUAUUUUUACAAGGAGUGGAAAAUCAGUUUCUAUAAGAGUUUUGCAGUAGAUCACCAGGCUGUGGAUUCAGUGACCCAGAAAGUCCUUGCACUUCCACCUCCCAUGAAACAGCAAAAGCUGUAACUCCCCUUAUUUGCUCAUAAUUCUCCUAUUACUUUAUACAUAGAAAGGCAGCCUGUUUAUAUAUAUAUAUGUAUGUAUGAAAAAAUGAAAAAAAUUAUAUAUUGGCUUAGAAUAAUUCACCCAGAAACUGCUGGACAAAGGCUGCCACUACAGAGAGGGGAGAAAAGUAAUGUUUGUUGUUAAAUAUGGCAUUACUAAGCUAAGCAACAGCUUAAAGCCAUCCCAUUAAUAACUGAUGGGUGUUAUAUCAAACAAAGGGAAUGUCUUGUGGAAGCUGGUAGUUUCUUUCCUAGAAUAUCUCUUAAUCAUGCCACAUAAUCUCUCUUUGAGUGAGAAAAACAUGAACAAAUCCCUGUAAAUCUCCUCAAAGGUGUGGGAGAGCAGCAGAGAGGGUCCUCAGCCAUGCACUCUCUCUGGCUGUAAAGAGCUCCUGGUGUAAUGACAAACCAAUGCCCAGUGGCAUUGGGAUGAUGAGUUUCUAAUUGUAGUGCUAUAGCAGAAUGCCUUGUACCAGGUGAGGGAGGCUGGCUUUCAAAAGUGAGGUGCUGAAUGGUUUCUUUUCAGAUAAUUGAGUAAAAAAAGAAAAUAAAAUAACUGCCUAAAUAUCACUAAGGCAGUAUCAGCUGCAGCCACUGUACUCUGCAGUUCUCUUGUUGAAUAGCUUAAUACCAGGCUUGGAAAUGGGCUGAUGGUAUCUCCCUCUUAAUUGCAUCUGAGUCUUUCCAGUUUGGGGAAGGAAUUUUCCUUCUCUUAUGUGAUUUAGGUAAGCAUCCAGAAUCCUUUAUCCAGGCCUAGUUUUUUUCUAUCAACACCCAACCCCCUCCUUUUUUUCUUUUUUUUUUUAAUAACAGAUCUUAACAGUGCUGGAAAAGUACUUGAUAUGGUCCCAAUACACAGGACACAUUCUCAUCUCUGGUUCUGAUUUAGGAAACACAUCUGAGUUAGUAAGUUUCUGCAACGUUAGGCUGAAAAACAUCUGCUGGUCUUGGAGACCAGUUGAAUCUGGCACUUCUUUAAGCUACCUGGCUUUCCAGUGUAUUUUUCAUGAUGUUCACUUUUUAAUUAUCCCCAGUGUUCAUGGUUGUUUUUGGAAGUCUGAAGCGGGAACAUUUCAUUGCACUGGGAGCUGUUUCAAGGUGGGGGUAGGUGGUAGAGGGGAGUUUUGGGAUUAGUGUGCUCCUUAUGUGCACAGGAGCAUAAAGGAACGUGAGCAGAGCCCUUUGAGCUGGAUUCCUUGUGGUUCAGAUAAUGCAGUGUUUCUGCACACCUCUGGAACACCAUCGCUCCCACUGAGGGAAUCAGCACCACACUCAGAGGGGAUGAGCAUGUCCCUGGGCUGUCUGCCUUCCAGCAGCCUUUCUGGGUCUUUCCUCUGCUUCCUCACCCCAGCCACCAGCUCUGGGUCAGCAAAUAAAGAACCAGGCUGUGUCUGGUGUGUGUGGGGUCAGGGAGAGGCUCUGGCCUGGUGCCCAGACGUCCCAACUGCGUGGGGCCCCUGCUGUGGAUCUCCUGCUUUCCAUGAGAAAUCCAAUGUGCCUGUGGAGCAAGCGCUCACACAGCUGGCUCUGAGGGAGGGGAGGAGUGGAGAGUCCCAUGAAUAGAGUGGUCUGAUCCUGGUUUAUCUUCAUUUCCAGAACAGGUGGGAAGAGGAGGUGUUUCAGCCUAACACCUCGCUCAGUAAGUUAGACUGCACUAAAUGGAGUCCUCCCAGGGAUUCUGCCUCAUUUCUUCCAGAAAACCAUCUGACCAAGUCCUGUGGGAACUAGGGACAAGAGAUGAGCUUCCAUUCCCCAGGUCUGGGUUUGGCCUUCCACAGCACAGCCCCUGCUUGCAGAGAGCCUAUAGGUCCCAGCCCUCUGCAGCUUUCCUGGUCCUGGGGCUUCAGCAGGAAUCUGUGCAUCCCUCCCUUUCUGCUUUUCGCAUGGCUUGGGAUUCAUGCUGGAUAAGCACGGAAAACAGAUUCUCCACAGCAAUCCUGUGCCUUCAGUAACCCCAGAUCUGUUUGUUGGCUCAGAAGAAGGUCAGGAACUCCUCAGGUGGCAGCCAGCAAAGCCAUCCCUGAGGGACCUGCACCCCUUCCUAUCACAAAGGGCAGCAAAGGCUUUGAUGAGCAGUGGUGGCCCCUUGGCAGGUGACUCACCAUGCUGGGCAUGGCUUUCCCCAGGCACAUGGUUCAUCUUACAAGAGGGAACAAUGACAUUUUUAAGAAAGCAAAAACACUAAAUACAUUUUUAAUAGCUAACUUCAGAGUAUGUACCUUUGGCCAACAAAAAUCAUUAUGACUGAGCUGCUAAUACAAAAAACUGAACCUUUCUUGGUUUAACAUUAGAGAAGGAAAACUGUGGUGAGAAACAAUUGAUGCUGGAGCAUGUCCAGAGAAAGGUAAUGGAAUGGAUUAAAAGACUGGACUAGAGCAGAAAUAUUGAGAGAAGUGGCUGAGGGGGUUGGGAGCCUCAGCCUGGAGAAAAGGAGGCUUAGGGGAGACCUUAUCACCCUCUACCGCUCCCUGAAAGCAAGGUGGAGCCAGGUGGGGUCGAUCUCUUCUCCCAGUUAACAAGCAAUACGACAUGAGGAAAUGGCCUCAAGUUGCACCAGGGGAGGUUUGGAUUGGAUAUUAGGAGAAAAUUCUUCACUGAGAGGAUGUUCAGGCAGUAGAACAAGCAUCCCAGGGAAGUGGUGGAGUCACCAUCCCUGGAAGUGUUCAAAAAGUGGCACUUGGGGACUUGAUUUAGUGGUGAACAAGACGGUGCUUGAGUUAAGAGUUAGGCUUGAUCUUAGAGGUCCUUUCCAACCUUAACUGUUCUAUGAUUCUAUGAGUUGCUUUGGGGUUUGAAAAUUCUCACAGUUCUGGAAUGAGGGGAGAUACAUGAAAGCCAGUGGGAUCUAUUUAAAAGGGAUACUAGAAAGUGCUUUUUUACACAGCAGGGAAUUUGUUUCUGCUGGAAAUAGUGAGAUGGAUGUAACAUCAGCAAGUUCAGAGGGAAAGAGAAGGUAGGGAUGGAUGUGCUCUACCAAUGAUUGUGAAUGCCAGGAAGAGUGUGAGGUGACUGGACUGCAAACAGUGGCCAGGCUUGUGUGCUCCUCCUCAAGACUGUCUUUUCCUGCAGCUGCUGAAGCACCAUUAGCUGGGGGAGAUGCACCAUCCUGCUGACCCAGCAGACCAUUUCCUGUGCUCCUCUGAUCUUGAAGUAACUAAUGGGAGUUGUCUAUGCAAUUGAAUUUUCCUCACUCUAAUAUUUAUUAGUCUUUUGCCCUCCCAACUUCUGCUGAAGGCCAGUUUUGCAUUGCUUUGCCAAGAAGUUCACUUUCCACGCUUGGCUGAUGGUGACAUGCAUUUAUUCAGGCUGUGGACACAUGGUUUUGGUCACUCUUGUCCUCUGGCACAAUAAAUUCACCCACCCUUUCAGGCAGGCACUCUAAAUCCUCUGUUAUGGUGAACAUCAUCCCCUGUACCACAAAUACAGUUAUGGACACAACCCAUGUGUGUUCCUCAUGACUUCAGUCCUUAAUGAAUCUACCUUGGGAGUCACUGUUGGGCAGCAAUUUUACACCCUGCAUUUGCUUAUAAACUGCAGGAAAAUCUGGUGACAAACCAAAUGAACCAUCCUAGAACCUGAGUGCCUCCACUGCUCUUUGCCUUGGGAAUUUGCUGUCCUUGGGGAGUUUUUCUCUUCAUCUGACUGUGUCUCCACUUGUGCCUUGGUUUGGAGCAACAGAGCAGGCUGGAAGUGUGCACCAUGGUCAUCUCCACUCGACCAGUGUUGGCUGGGGCAGCAGAGCAGUUUUGGAGCAUGUUGGUAGAACAAUGACCAGGGCAGGGCAAAUGUGCUUCCCCUUGAGCAGGAUCUGGGGAUCUGACCCAGUGAUGGCUGCCUGGAAUAGCUUCCAGUCAAAAAAUAUGGACAGGCUUGGUCCAAAUGACAUUGGGGACCAGACUAAGUCUAGGCUGAAGUAAACUUUGUACAUUGUUCUUGUGGGGCCCUCGGUUUGUGGGGACCUGAGUUUGGAUCUGCUCCUUUCACUCCUGUCAUGCUGUGUGACUUUUGGAUGUAAACAGAGCCUCUCUCUCAGUUAAUGGCCUUUGUUUCCAUACUGUAUUCCUUUAAGAUCAAUAAAGUAUAUUAA